AGGCGGCCGUGGCCGGUCGGGUUGUCGGGCGUGUGUCCCUCCCGCCGUGGGUUAGGGAGGCAGGACGCCACACAGAGGUUAAAAUCUGCCGUCAUGAAUCCAAGCCGCCGUUGGGCGCCCUCUAUGUGCUCGGAAGUGACGAGCAGCACCCCGCUGGCUCCUCCUGUCGAUAGGGAAACAUUAACUUCAGAGUUGGGCUCCCUUCACGGGGUAGAACGGGUUAGAAAGCACCCUGAGGUAAUCAGCGUAAAGCUAAAUAGGCGCAAGCAGCAAUGCAGAUUCCUAUUUUUACGGUUGAUGCUUUUACAAACCGGCCGUUUUGUGGAAACCCUGCGGCAGUUUGUCUGCUCGAAAAUGACUUGGAUGAAGGUUUGCACCAAAAAAUUGCAACAGAAAUGAAUCUUUCUGAAACUGCCUUCAUCAGAAAACUGCACCCUGCAGAUGACUUCACCAAAAGUUCCUGCUUUGGACUCAGAUGGUUCACUCCAGCCAAUGAAGUUCCUCUGUGUGGUCAUGCUACACUUGCCUCAGCUGCUGUUUUGUUUCACAUACAAAAAAACACAAAUUCAGUUCUUACUUUUGUCACUCUGAGUGGGGAAUUAAAAACGAGACGAGAGAAAGAUCAUAUUGUCCUGGACUUACCGCUUUAUUCAACCUACCCACAGGCACUUGAGGAAGUAGGAGAGUUAAUAAAGGCAGCUGUUGGUGACAUGAUUGUUCAAGAUCUCCGUUAUUCUCCUGACACAAAGAAGCUCCUGGUCCGCCUCAGUGAUACUUAUGAAAGGUCUGUGUUAGAAAAACUGCAAGUGAACGCACAACAAUUUCUAUCAGCUGAAAAGACUGGAAAGGUGAAAGGACUCAUACUCACUCUUAAGGGAAACUCCAGUGGAAAAGAUAAAGGCCGUGAUUUUUACUCCAGAUAUUUUGCACCUUGGUAUGGAGUUCUGGAAGACCCUGUUACAGGAUCUGCCCAUGCUGUUUUAAGCAGCUACUGGUCAGAGCAGCUGGGGAAGACAGAAAUGCUUGCUUUUCAAUGUUCUCGCCGUGGAGGAGAGUUGAAGAUUUCACUGCGUAAUGAUGGAAGAGUUGAAAUUGCGGGGCAAUUUGCUAUUGUGUUGAAAGGAAACUUGACUUUAUGAAGAAACUGAUACUAACAGUUUCAUCUCUCACACCUUCAUAUUAUUCCUAUUGUGUUGAUUAUAUCUUAGUUCUAGACACUGAAUCACCAUGGUCAUCAAGAAUCUUUGAUUACUUACUGUCCACCUUUAAAAGGUGCUUGAAAACGUUCACUUCUAAACUUCAAGAUCCCUGAUAUUGUUUUCUUCACUUUCUUCUGAUGACUUCGUAUGUGCACUAAUUUCAGAAAGCUGUCAAAGGACAGCUGUCUCAUUUUUCUGCUCUAAAAUGAUCGUUUCAUUUGUUUCCGAAUUCUAUGUUUUAAAAGCCAUUUCUGUCUCCUGGAUUGAUUUGUAAACUUACCUGAUGGAUAAAACAAUCAAACUUUUUCCGUAUUCAGUUAUUCUCCUUAAAAUCUGUCAUCCUUCCAAGAAAAAAAAUCCUCUCUGCCACAUCUUGAGAUGUUCCUCAUGCUUGUUAAUUUACUUGAAUUAAAAUAUGAAGCAAAUAUAAAAGGUUUAACAAUA